GGAGCUUUGCAUAAAAAACCACAAAAUCUGAUUGCAGUGGUACUGCAUCAUUUCCGAUCGGUUAUUAUGUAUAUAAAGGAGAACCUGAGCAAAUUGCUUGCCUGAGUUCCAGAGGACUUCCGCUUUAUCUGGGGAGAAAGGUCUCAGGAAGAUUAAGUGCUCUCACCCUUAACCGCAUUGUUAAGUGAAGCAGACAUGUCAUCCGCAUGGCCCGCUGGUGGAGGAAGUGAAAUCUGGGCACCUACUGGUGGAUAUGGCCCUGUUCGCUGUGGUGGUCUUGGCGAGCAAUUUUCUCUGGGAGGUGACGUGGUUCCAAUGCCCAUCAACGCAUAUGUUGGAUCCCGUGGGACCAUAAAGGAUUGUGCUUGCUUCAAUGUUGGCAGGGAUGUUAACAGUCUGCGAGGUGCAAUUGUAGGAUUAGGAACUAAUGAACAAGUAAUCAUCGAAAUUCUGACACACAGAAGCAACUGGCAACGCCAGCAGAUCUCUAAAGAAUAUAAGGGAACCUGUGGACGUGAAUUGAUUGAUGAUUUAAAAGACGACCUCUCAGGUGACUUUAAAAAUGUGAUCAUUGCUCUAAUGUUGCCACCAGCAUUAUUUGAUGCAAAAGAGCUAAAAAGUGCAAUGGAGGGUCCUGGCACAAAUGAAAAUGUGUUGAUUGAACUUAUUGCUUCAAGAACCAACCAGCAAUUAAGAGAAAUAAAGCAAGCCUACCAAGGAGAAUAUGUAAGUGACUUGGCAAAGGAUAUUACUGAAGAAACAUCUGGAGAUUUUAGAAGGGCCUUACUCCUCUUGCUGGAGGCUCGAAGGGAUGAAAACUGUCAGGGUGUGGAUGAAAGACUUUUUAAAAGUGAUGCAGAGGCACUUUUCAAGGCUGGUGAGAAGAGACUGGGAACCGAUGAAAUUAAAUUUAUAGAGGUCCUAUGCUUAAGGAGCCCAUCACAGCUGCAAAUGACAUUUGAUGAAUAUAAACUCAUUACCAACAAGACCAUGGAAGACAGCAUUAAAAGUGAAAUGUCUGGAGAUUUGAAGAAACUGAUGUUGUCAUUGGUUCAGUGCUCAAGGUCUACACCUGCCUACUUUGCUGAACGGAUCCAUAAAAGUGUAAAGGGGGUUGGGACUGAUGAACGUACUCUCUCAAGAAUAUUAGUCACCAGAUCAGAAAUUGACCUGUUGGACAUUCAAGAUGAAUAUAUGAAAGCCUAUGGCAAAUCCUUGUAUGCCACAAUUGAGGAUGAAACUUCAGGGGAUUAUAGGACUACCUUGCUUAACAUCUGUGAAAAAGGAAAUUAAACAGUUUUUGUACAGCUGAACAAACCAAUGAUAUACUUGGAUUUUAAUGCAAAACUAGAUCAGCAAUAUUAGUGAAUUAGGGUGAAAUAGCUAUCUAAAUUACUACUAGUAAGCUACUGUUUUGCAACUUAAUUACUCAGUUUUAAAUGUACAAUAAUUAACAGAUUGGGUCUUGCCUCCAGUGGAGGGUGUUAAACUCAGAAAGCAAAAGAAUAUUAUUUCUGGUUCUAACUCUGUAAGCACUCAACAAAUUAAAGCACCUGCACCUGGUUUGUGUCUAUUUCCAGCUCUGAUUUUAGAUCAAGUGUCCAGGCUUUUAGAAUUAGUGUCAUAUUUACCAGUUUUUCUCUAUAGAUUGAUUGUUAUUCUAUUAGAUAUUCAAUCAAUGAAUUGUUUGAUUUAAAUUUCUUCUCCAUAAUCUUACCAUACUACUGAUUUCUUAGUUAGGAUUACUUACAUAACCAAAUUUUUCAUUUAGUACACACACCAGUCAAGGUUACACAUUAUUAUUGAAGAACCCCAUAUCAUAUCCACUCUCUGUAUCUGCACAAGUCUCCCAGUAAUCAAUCAGAGAUAAUAGGUUUUCAAAAUGAUGCCAACUGAUAAUAAAAGUCAGUGAACCUGAAAAAAAUUGACCUUCCUGUAUGAGAACCCCAUCAUUAUUAUCAUUAAUAAACUAGAAGUUAAAUUAUUAUUUUGUCCAGUUUUAAACAGAUUUACUGCUUUAAGCAAUCACAAACAAUAUUUAAUCUUCUACGUACACUGUUUGUAUAAACUUUCAUCAUAUGCAGCAAUGUCCUCUGUGUUUCUUUUAAUAUAUGUACAUUCCAGGAAUUGUUUUUCUAUGAACUGCCUACAGCACUUCAUAAAUAGCUUAUGACGUGUUCAGUUGUGUUAUGUAUACAACAUGAACUGUCAGUCACAUUUGUUUUCCUAUCAUUUAUUUUUGAAAACUUAAUUGAUCUGUGCCACAUCAUUUAAAAGCUUUUGCCAUUGAUUGAUUUAAAAGCAAAACAGGAACUGAGAAGUAUGUCUUGCUUCAUGCAGAAUAUAUCCUUCUUAGUGGCUCUCCAGACAAUUAAUUGCUCAGUCAUGGCCAAUUAAUGAAUUAUUUACGAUGAAUUAUUCACUAAUGGUUGUGACCAGUUUAGGUACAAAACUUGAGAACUUUCAUUUUGAAAACAAUAAAUAAAGUCGUAAUAAUUAGACCAUUUUUGAGUUGUAAACAAUUUGCUUAUUCAGACUAAAUGUUUCAUUAUAAAGUAUUUACAUUGCAGUACUUUUAAAGUGUUGUGCUUGCUUCAGCAUUAUUUAACUGCAUUUUUGACAAUGCUUUGUAAUAGCUCUGACUUAUCUUAAUAAAGGACCA